CAGAGCGAGAAAGUGCCGGGGUAGCGGGGUUGCGGCUGCUCCGCCUGAAACUUCUGAGUAACAUCAACAGGGGGAGGGGAGGGCGGGCGGCGGUGGAGGAGGAAGGUGGUGGCGGGGGGAAGGUUAGCCAGCAGCGCAGCCCUAUCCGCCUUUCCCUCAUAAACCAGCCUGUGUUGGGCUGAGCAGGCCCCUCACACAAAGGAGGGCAGGGCAGGCAGGGCUGCCCCCCCUUCCCCCCCGCCUCGGCAGAGGGGCAGCGGGGAGGCGCCCUUCCCCGUGCACAGCACUCACAGCCACUUACUCCUCUCCCGUCCUCCGUCUUCUCUCUCUCUCCCCCCCUUCCCCUCACCUCCCCCCACGGUUCUCCCCUCAGCCCCCCGCCCGCUGUCCAUGUAGCCGUCCGGCCGCCGGCCCCUCCGCACUAUGCCCAUCUUACUCUUCCUGAUAGACACGUCCGCCUCCAUGAACCAGCGCACCCAUCUGGGCACCACCUAUCUGGACAUAGCCAAAGGCGCUGUAGAGACUUUCAUGAAGCUCCGAGCCCGGGACCCAGCCAGCAGGGGAGACAGGUACAUGCUGGUCACUUUCGAGGAGCCUCCCUACGCUAUCAAGGCUGGCUGGAAGGAAAACCAUGCAACGUUUAUGAAUGAACUGAAAAACCUUCAAGCUGAAGGACUUACGACUCUCGGCCAGUCCCUAAGGACAGCUUUUGAUUUAUUAAACUUAAAUAGAUUAGUAACUGGCAUAGACAACUAUGGGCAGGGACGAAACCCUUUUUUUCUGGAGCCAGCAAUAAUUAUAACAGUUACUGAUGGAAGUAAAUUAACUACUACCAGUGGGAUACAGGAAGAGCUCCAUUUACCUCUCAAUUCCCCUUUACCUGGAAGUGAGUUGACUAAGGAACCCUUUCGGUGGGAUCAGAGGUUAUUUGCUUUGGUUCUUCGUUUGCCUGGUAUUACAGCACCAGAAUCAGAACAGAUGACGGGGGUGCCUGUGGAUGACUCUGCUAUCACACCUAUGUGUGAAGUCACAGGAGGUCGAUCAUAUUGUGUGUGCUCUCCAAGAAUGCUGAAUCAAUGUCUUGAGUCAUUGGUGCAAAAAGUGCAAAGUGGAGUCGUAAUAAAUUUUGAAAAAGCUGGACCAGAUCCCUCACCAAUUGAUGAUGGGCAGGUGGAGAUAUCCAGACCCUUUGGACCCCAACCUUGGCACAGCUGUCACAAACUUAUCUAUGUCAGACCAAACCCUAAAACUGGGGUUCCUAUAGGUCAUUGGCCUGUUCCUGAAUCCUUUUGGCCAGAUCAAAAUUCUCCAACACUGCCACCUCGCACAUCUCAUCCUGUGGUGAAAUUUUCCUGUACUGACUGUGAACCGAUGGUCAUUGACAAACUGCCUUUUGAUAAAUAUGAAUUAGAGCCUUCACCACUGACCCAGUUUAUCCUGGAAAGAAAAUCCCCUCAGACCUGCUGGCAGGUGUAUGUGAGCAAUAGUGCAAAAUACAGUGAACUCGGUCAUCCUUUUGGUUACUUGAAAGCUAGUACAGCGCUGAAUUGUGUGAAUUUAUUUGUGAUGCCUUACAAUUACCCAGUCCUGCUUCCACUGCUAGAUGACUUGUUUAAAGUACACAAGGCAAAGCCUACGUUGAAAUGGCGUCAGUCAUUUGAAAGCUAUUUGAAGACAAUGCCUCCUUAUUAUCUUGGGCCUUUGAAGAAAGCUGUGAGAAUGAUGGGAGCACCAAACCUUAUAGCUGACAAUGUGGAAUAUGGACUUAGUUACAGUGUCAUUUCAUAUCUCAAAAAGUUGAGUCAGCAGGAUUUGAAACCUCAGACAUUUAGAAAUGCUUAUGACAUACCCAGAAGAAAUCUUUUGGAUCAGUUAACACGAAUGAGAUCUAAUUUAUUGAAGAGUACUUGCAAGUUCCUCAAAGGACAAGAUGAAGAUCAAGUUCACAGUGUACCUAUAGCACAAAUGGGAAACUACCAGGAGUAUCUAAAACAAAUACCUUCUCCACUCCGAGAACUUGAUCCUGAUCAACCACGAAGGCUUCAUACAUUUGGCAAUCCAUUCAAAUUGGACAAAAAGGGAAUGAUGAUAGACGAAGCAGAUGAAUUUGUAUCAGGACCUCAAAAUAAACAUAAAAGACCUGGAGAACCAAAUAUGCAAGGGAUUCCAAAAAGGCGACGUUGUAUGUCCCCCCUGCUCAGAGGGCGACCACAAACUCUUCCAGUUGUCAAUAACCACAUUGGAGGAAAAGGGCCCCCAACACCAAUUGCACAAGCACAGCCUGACCUUAUUAAACCCAUUGCUAUUCACAAAACAUCAGAAACAAAUAAUGAAGUUGGAGUUAAUGAUGUCAUUGAGAAUCACAGUACAGACCCCCUUUCAUCAGAUGUUUUCCCAAAUGCUGUGGAUUCAGAGUUUUCACUGUCCUCUUCACCAUUCAAUUCAUUGGAUCGACCAGCAGCUCAUACAGAGGAUGUAGACCAUGAACAUUUAGGGAAUAAUUUGAAUGUUGAUGGGUUUUUGGAGAAUCACGAGGAAUCAGGUAGUAAAGAGCAAAGUCCAGAAGAGAACUUGACCAUGUCUUCACCUAGCAAAGGAAAAAAAUCAGUGCACUGCAGGAGUUCCAGAGAGAUUAAUAUAGAGCUAAGAGCACAAAUUAUGAAAGAGAUCCGAAAACCAGGAAGGAAAUAUGAAAGAAUCUUCUUUUUGCUGAAGCAUGUGCAAGGAAGCUUACAAACCCGGCUGAUAUUUUUGCAGAAUGUUAUAAAAGAAGCUUCAAGGUUUAAAAAACGGAUGCUGAUAGAACAGCUUGAGAGUUUUCUGGAAGAAAUCCAUCGCAGAUCCAAUCAGGUCAACCAUAUCAAGAGCAGCUAAGAAACUGCACAUGAGAGAGCCACAGCAGGGCACUGCUGUUCUUACUUGCAUUCAUUUUUGACAUGCACUCUUAUCUCAAGUUCCUGUACCUGAAAGAAUGCGAAGCUGCUCAAUAAAAUGAUGAGAAGUAUCAAUCA